AUGUCAAGCGAGCGGCAAGCAGCGGAUGCUAUCCGGUUCUACGACUCGAAAUCCUGGGAUUACGACGCUACCUGGCACAACGAUUUCACCAGGCGAUUCAUCUCCUAUCUCGAUAUCCAACCGGGGCAACAAGUACUGGAUCUGGCAUGUGGCACCGGGCUGUUGACAUUCCGCGAGGCAGAGGCGGUAGGACCACAAGGGCAUGUCAUCGGAGUUGAUGUCACCCCUGGUAUGCUCGCGGUCGCUACUCACAGAAAGACCCAAGGAGGGGACAAAUACGCAAACACAACUUUCCUUCAAGGCGACGUCCUGCAUUUAGAAGAGACGGAAGCACUCAGAGGAAAGCAAUUUGACGUCAUCACAGUGGCUUCUGCUCUGGUCUUGUUUCCCGAUCCAAAAGCUGCUAUUGAGCAUUGGGCAGGGUUCCUGAAGCCUGGAGGCGUCAUUGCCAUGGAUGCGACACAUCCGAGGAACUUGGUCUCCGGCAUGGUACUGGAGAGGGUUGCCCGCAGGUUGGAACUUCCCAUUCCAUAUAAUCGAUCGUGGAGCAAAUCAGAAGACACACUGAAGCAGAUACUGGAGUCUGCGGGCGUGGAGGUAGAUCAAGUUGUUACCGUGGAGAGUCAAGCGGGAUAUGGCCGACGCACUUACGAGAUGGAGCAGUGGGAUGAUUUCUUCGUCGAAAACGUGAUUGUCAAGGACGUUGCGAGAACGUUUGCGAACAAUGACAUUCGAAGGAAAGCGCAAAAGAUCUAUAGGGAAGAGUGGGAGAAGCUGGCGAUAGACGGAAAGAUUGAGGAGAUUGACUCGGUCUUCCUCGGUAUUGCGCGGAGACGUAAGUGA